AUCGCUUUCGACGUCGAUGGGAUUCCUCGGCACCCUUCGGUCGUCGCUGCAGCGGCAUCCAGGCAAGGUCAUUGCAUCGCCCAAGCGCGCCAGCGUCGCUGCGAUAUUCCGCCAUUCCCCUGUACAACCAGAUAAGGUACAGCUUUUAUACAUUCGGCGCAAGGUAAAUCCACACGAUACAUGGAGCGGCCACAUGGCGUUUCCCGGUGGGCGAAUGAACGAUGGCGAAACAGAACUGGCCGCGGCAAUCCGAGAAACCCAUGAAGAAAUCGGCCUCACCCUGAACGAAUCACAUGUUGUCGGAAGAAUUGAUGACCGCCCGGUGUACUAUGGACGCACGGUGGCGACUUCUCAUGUGUUCCUACUGGGUCACAACGAAGCAUUCAACCCCGUGCUGCAAGCGAAGGAAGUGUCCGACGUGCUCUGGGUCGACGUGGACUUUCUCCUGAGCACGCCCAUUCAAACGCUUCAAAUUCCGACCAAGUACAUCUUCCCAAAAAUGACAGACAUCCCUGACACCAUUGGCCAGAGCAAGCGAACCACGCUCGAGAACAUGACGCACAUCGACUUUCCCUGCAUCUACUUGAACCGACCCGAUGGGCAUGUGCAUGAGUAUGCCGAUGAUGCAGCCGCGGCUGCGGCAGUUCGACCUGUGCACGAUUUCGUGUUGUGGGGUCUCACGUACAACAUGACGUCCGAUAUUCUCAAGGCGGGCGGACACAAUCCGCUACCGUCCAUGUCAGCCGCAGUGCGCUCGAUUCGUGACGCGAUAUUCCACGCCGGGCUUGGAAAGAGUAAGUUGUAACACCAGACUCAUCCGAUGGAAGAUGGUCUCCUUCAGCAGAUCCGUGUGUGU